ACUCCAACACAUACCGAUGAAAACAAAACAUUACGUCAUUAAAGCCGAUGCAAAGCUUUCUGGGAGCUUCCCAGGGAGACGCCAUUUUGGAUUUAAAGGGGCUGAUCCAGCUAUCACAAACAGCUCUCGGUCCCCAGAGGUUGAAGAUGUCCACCAUGGUGUACCUGAGGGAGGAGAAGCUGGAGAAGCUGUCCCAGGAGGAGAUCAUCUCCAGCACCAAGCUGGUGAUCCAGGGUCUGGAGGCGCUGAGGAGCGAACACAACUCCAUCCUGCAUAGCCUGCUGGAGACCAUCCGCUGUCUGAAGAGGGAGGAGGAGGCCAGCCUGGUGCACGAGAAGGCCAGUCUGCUCAGGAAGUCUGUGGAGAUGAUCGAGCUGGGCUUGGGGGAGGCACAGGUGAUGAUGGCUCUGUCCAACCACCUGAACACGGUGGAGUCUGAGAAGCAGAAGCUGCGGGCGCAGGUGAGGCGCCUGUGCCAGGAGAACCAGUGGCUGAGAGACGAGCUGGCCAACACCCAGCAGAAGCUGCAGAAGAGCGAGCAGAGCGUGGCCCAGCUGGAGGAGGAGAAGAAACAUCUGGAGUUCAUGAACCAGCUGAAGAAGUACGACGAGGACCUGUCUCCCACUCAGGAGGAGAAAGAGGGCGAGGCUUCCAAGGACUCCCUGGACGAUCUGUUCCCCAACGAUGAAGAGGAACCAGGCCAUGGCAUGCAGCAGCAGCACAACAGCGCGGCGGUGGCCGCGGCCCAGCAGGGGGGUUAUGAGAUCCCGGCACGCCUCAGGACCCUCCACAACCUGGUGAUCCAGUACGCCUCCCAGGGCCGCUACGAGGUGGCCGUGCCCCUCUGCAAGCAGGCCCUGGAGGACCUGGAGAAGACCUCCGGACACGAUCACCCCGACGUGGCCACCAUGCUCAACAUCCUGGCCCUGGUCUACAGGGAUCAGAACAAGUACAAGGAGGCAGCCCACCUCCUGAACGACGCCCUCUCUAUCCGGGAGAAGACCCUGGGCCGGGACCACCCUGCCGUGGCCGCAACGCUGAACAACCUGGCUGUGCUGUACGGGAAGAGAGGGAAGUACAAGGAGGCGGAGCCGCUGUGCAAGAGAGCGCUGGAGAUCAGAGAGAAGGUUCUGGGUAAGGACCACCCUGACGUGGCUAAGCAGCUGAACAACCUGGCUCUGCUGUGUCAGAACCAGGCCAAGUACCAGGAGGUAGAGCAGUACUACAGCCGCGCCCUGGAGAUCUACGAGGGCAGACUGGGCCCUGACGACCCCAACGUGGCCAAGACCAAGAACAACCUGGCUUCCUGCUUUCUCAAACAGGGAAAGUACAAGGAGGCUGAGAUUCUGUACAAAGAGAUUCUGACUCGCGCCCACGAGAAAGAGUUUGGCUCCGUCGAUGCUGACAACAAGCCCAUCUGGAUGCACGCUGAGGAGAGGGAGGAGAUGAGCAAGGGCAAGCACAGAGACAAUACUCCCUAUGGAGAGUAUGGAGGCUGGUACAAGGCCUGCAAAGUCAACAGCCCCACAGUGAACACCACCCUGAGGAACCUGGGCGCUCUGUACCGCCGCCAGGGCAAGCUGGAGGCAGCUGACACCCUAGAGCAGUGUGCCACGCGCUCCCGCAAGCAGGGCGUGGACCCCAUGACCCACGGGGCGCGUGUGGUGGAGCUCCUGAAGGAGCGGAGGGAGGCUCCGCCCAGCGGGAAAUACGACAGUGGCUCAGAGACGGGCGAGGAAGUGAGUAUGGGCGUGGAGUGGAACGGGGACGGCAGUGGGGCCCUGCAGAGAAGCGGCUCUCUGGGGAAGCUGAGAGAUGUGUUGCGCAAGAGCAGCGAGCUGCUGGUGAAGAAACUCCAGGGGACCAGCCCCCCCACCCCCCGCAGCACCACCAUGAAGAGAGCUGCCUCCCUCAACUACCUAAACAAGACCACAGAAGAUUCCUUCCAGACUGGGGCUCGCGGUCGGCUGAAGGAGAGUCGGGGUUUGAGCUCCAGUACUGUCGACCUGAACAGUGGGUACUGAGCUCAGCUUCCCUGAAGAUGCUGCUCUGUAACCCUGAACCCACCUCCCUUCUAAAACCAUCACCAAGGAUACAUUCUCCCCCCCCUACCCCAUCACCAAGGAUACAGGCCAGACCUCUGGACAGCUGGCCCAAAGACCACCCAGCCAUCCUCUCUUCCCUCACAGAGCCUGUGGCACAGACCUGCCCCUGCUUCUCCACUAGAGGGCAGCAGGUCAUAGACAACAUGUCGACCCUCUCUCCUCAAGGAGAAUCCACUCCCACCUCAUGGUAGUUGACACUGGCUACAGAUCCAUAUAAAAACUGUUUUGCCACGACUGUUCUCUUGUAAAAAGAAUAUUUCCAGUGAAAUGUUUCUGCAUUAUGCUGCUGUCUUCCUGUGCCAUCUAGUAGUUGUUUCAAAAACGGUUUCACUACAUGUAUAAACAGCUGUUUUGUUACUUUUAAUGUUCCCCAAAUUAUCGUAUGUGGGAAGCUGGAUUUUGGUUAUUUUGUUUGUGUAAAUCACAACCUUAACAUUUUACAGCAUUUACUUAUUGUGAAUGCUUUUGAACUGUUUUUAAAUAUUUAUUCCACAUUUGCCUGUAGAGAUUUCUCUGGGAGCGAGGUGUUUGCAUAAAGCUU